UUCACUCGAAGCGAAAGUCAAACAGUAAUUGUCACGAUUAGCUUCCUGUCCUGCUUCAGCUUGGAUACAUAAGCAAAUCUCACCCGUGAGGCACGCUCGAAUCGCCUGGAGAAAUCCAUAACGCUCGGGGCGCUUCCCAAGCCAUCGAAUUCCCAUUUUCUGCCCGUCUGCAGGUGAGACACUGGAACAUGGCAUUCAUCUGCCCUGGAGCAUAAGUUGCAUCAGUUAGAAAUUUCUGUUCUUUGCAUCAGUAUUAUCAACAACUUCGUCCGAUGAUUUUUCGGAGACUUUGCCUGUCUGUUGCCCGUUCUAACCUCCAUUUGCCAACCUUUCACAAAAGAAUUGGGGGCCAAUUUACUUCUACCAGGUCAAGUCCGACUUUUUUCACUCAGAGCUGUUAUAAUCCAACAUCUCAGAAGCUCUCCGUGGCUUCUCGUUUUGUUUCGUCCAAUUGCGAAAUGGGUGAUGCACGAAGACCCCUUGCUGUACCCAUUCCAUCGCUUGACAAAGCUGAUAAGAACGAAUUGCUAAGAGCCCUCGAAGCCUCAGUGGGUUCUUCAUUUAGUGUUGAACCCUUGCGCCCUGUCCCAAACCCUUUGAUUAUUGUCAUUAGUGGACCGAGUGGAGUGGGCAAAGAUGCAGUCAUUAAAAGAUUGAGGGAAGUUAAAGACAGUCUCCAUUUUGUUGUUACUGCGACUAGCCGGCCAAUGCGACCAGGUGAAGUUGAUGGUAAGGAUUAUUACUUUGUCACUAAAGAGGAGUUUCUCUCCAUGGUUGAAAAGGAUGAACUACUGGAGUAUGCUUUAGUGUAUGGUGACUAUAAGGGUAUUCCAAAGCAGCAAAUACGUGAGUACAUGGCAAAAGGGUAUGAUAUAGUGUUGAGGGUGGACAUACAAGGGGCACAAACCUUGAGGAGGGUUCUUGGGCAGUCUGCAGUUUUUAUAUUUCUGGUUGCAGAGAGCGAACUUGCACUUGUUCAGCGGUUGAUUGAUCGGAAGACGGAGACUAAAGAAUCGCUUCUUGUCAGAAUAGCGACGGCACGUGAGGAGGUCAGACAUGUUAAUAAAUUUGACUAUGUUGUCGUGAAUGAAGAAGGACAGCUAGAGAAUGCUGUGAAAUUGGUGGAGUCCAUCAUCGAUGCAGAGAAAGCCAAAGUUAAACAAAAGGCUGCCGUGAUAUAGGGAACAUCGAUUAGCUUCAUUUGUUACUGCAAGCUUAAAAAUCCCAUGUCUUUCUUAUCAAGACGUUCAUCUGCUGUUUGGCAGUUAGCUUAUGGGAGCUUUUAUGGAAAACGUCUGUGAUAUAUUUAACAGGAUAAGAUGCCGAAGGUCGAUAAGCUUUCACUGGAGUUCCAUUAUUCUCAUAUGACUCGUUCAGAUUCUAGAGGAAGUUGCGGAAUGGAAUCUUGAAUUAGAACAGGCCAAGCUUAUUUUUCAGCUUAUGUAAUAUAUGGAAAGAGAGGUAUCUUUCUUGUGAAAUCAUAUAUAACUGCAGUUUUUUUAAUGGUGUCAUUGGUCAAUGAAGAGCAUGAGAAUAAGAAAGAAAAUCAUCAUGAUGAACUCCUAAAUGAUUGUGGAAGUUAUUGAAGAGCCUCCAGGAUUCCUCAGGGCACAGCAUCAAUGAACUACUGUUGCUAAACCUGAAUCUCUUUACUUGUGGUUAGCUUUCUUCCCUCCUUCCCCACCCCCCUCCCCUCCCCCCCAAGUUCUUCCCUAUUAUGUCUGCGGUAGCAGCAAGAUUUUGAUAGUUAGUUCGACAGCAUUCUGUAACACGUACGAUUGCUUGGUCCUUUGAGACGUUUUAUGUCAUGCCCGCGGUUAUGU